UCGGGAGCAGCCGUUCAGUGAGUGUACACCGAUAAAGGAAUGCGGACGACAGCAUCAGCGAAACCUCAUCAGGCGAAAAGUUUGGUGCGGUAGUUGAGUGUGUGGUGACCAUCAUUAGUCAGACAGUUGAUCACUUUUUUUUCCUUGUGCUAUUUGUCGGUUCGUUUCCUUCCGGAAUAUACGUAUCCAUCUUGGCCGUGUCUCUUUGAAUUCCCGUUUGUGGAACCGUUACCACGGGCGCUGCAGAGACCAGGAUUCCUGUGUGUGUGUGCAGUGUUGUGUAUUAAAUCGGACACUUUGAGCUGCUGCUGAACUGGACCGUGUGAAACUGUUGGGGGUGGAGGAGAACUAGAGGAAAAAAAGCCCUAGCCGAUUUCUUCCAAUUUCUAUUUUCGGGGAACCUCGCUGGACCACAUAUACAUUGCUGCCCUCUGCUGCUAGAGACUGUGAGACAUCGGGGGUGAAAAAAAGUUGAUUGAAGAAUUUUUCGGUGGACUGUGAACAACCAUAGCAUAGAGACUAGAGUGAAUUUUCUCCCCCAUUUGUGGUCGUAAAGGAAUCACACAGUGGGAUCAGCUUCCCUUUUUUUCAAGGGAUUCUCUCCGCUGCUGUUUCUUCUUCGUCUUCUUCUUCUUCAUUGUGACAGAAGUGUGUACUUGGUAUUGUUCCUUGCUGCUGGUGCUGGCGCUGCAGUUCUCUUUUUCCACUCUCGGUGUGUUUAUAAUAAAUUCGUUGCUGAUUUUGUCGUUCGGUGGCGCUUCUGUGCUGUGAUAGCUACUGCUGCUGGCUGGCUGGAUAGCCUGGUGCGUGUAGAAAAUGUAGGCUAUUCGGUGUUCAAAUAGGACCUCUGGCUCUGAACGAGAGUGAGAGAGCACUCGAGAAGCUCUUGGUGCGGUGUGCGUGUGUGGGUGUACUCGUAUGGGUGGCCUAGACUCGUUGUUCGUUCACCAACUUUCCGUUCCGAGGGCUGCGAAUGGAAGCGAUUAGCAGAAGAACUAAAGGAGCAGCAGCAGCAGCAGAAAGAAGAAGAAGUGGAGCACUCCGUUGUGGGAGCAACUCGAGAGUGGUAGGCGGAAAAACAACAAGCGAAGAAAAGUGCUGAUAUUGUGGUCAUAGCAGUGAGUGCUGAAAGAUUUUCCCGAAUCCUCUGGAAGCAGAAGAGAAUAUCGACGAGAGUAGAGGAUUGCGAAAAAGGGUCUGAGAGAGUGAGUCGUGAGUCGCCCUUUUUGUGGUAUUGCGAAAAGCAGAGAGCACAGAAGAGAAAGAGAGAACGUGCAAAAACGAAGUGAGCGAAUUUUGGGGAAACAGAGCAAGAGAGAAAAUUCCAUGGAAAUGUUGGGAGUGAAGUGGCGUUUUAAUCAGUGACCUCGUAGUACGCAUGAGUUGUGAUAUCGAUUGAUUGCGCACGCAAACCCUUUGCUUGCCGCGCCAUCUAUACGUACUGUAAUGCCGUUUGGGGCCAUCAUCGAGAAGCAGGGAUCGGCAUCCUGCAGCGCGUACCGUAACCACGGAUGAACGAAGCUUUCGACGGACCGUUGCCAGUAGCCGUCCCAGAAUCGCGGUCCGCGUCCUGUCCGAAAAUAUUCCGGCCAACGGGGCCGUUCCGAUUGUGUGUGGUGUGCGAAAAACCUACUACAACUGUGUGCGAUCAAGAUGGCCGAAAGUGUUCCACGGCGAGCAGUACCAGUGUUGAGAAACAGUGUAACAUCCAGCAGAAUACCGUGUUCCGUUGCAGCAGUGCAGCGAUACCACUAAGAAGCAUACGCAAGGACGUUGAAAAACUGAGAUGAUGGGGCCAUGAGCCCGAGCCCCGAGGUCAUCCAGAGUCGCAAGUGCGUCUCAAGCGGGCCUGCACCAUGCUAGCGCCGCCGAACCCGAGGUCAAUAUGCGGCCAGGACCCGGGCUGGUCGUGAUGGCGCUUGCGUUUAUUUCGGGGGCUCGGCGAGGCACCAGUCAACAGAGCAGUGCCAUUGAAGGUAGAAAGUUGGGCGAAUUUGAGGAAGACAAUACGGAAGCACUAUCACGGAUAAAUCCGUGGUUGUCAGCGUGCGAUCUGGCGCAACCCAACACAGCACCGGAUCUCCAGGGUCAAUGUUCAGCCGGUACACUGCCUGUGGCCUGGAUAGACGAAGGUCCUGGUCCACCGCGGUGUCCACCGCCAUGCAUGGCUAAGUCUAAUAAUAAAAAUAGUAUCUUUAAGGCAAACAAUAUUGAUAAUACUAAAUAUAACAUGGAGAACCGGUUAAAUGAUAAACAACAGUGCCUUGACUAUUUGGGCGAUAAGGAAGAGUUAAGUCCAGCACAAAUUUGUAAAAAAUCGUCACAAAGUAUUGAGACCAAGUUGCGAACGACACGUUUGAGACAUUGUUGUGAACGUACCGUGGAUAGCGCGCUGCACAACGAGGCGUUCGCCGCGGUGCUGCGCGGCGGUCCGGAUUGUGUUAGGAUGCUGAGUGACCUGCUGGAAACGGACGCCCUGGCCGCCAGGAUCACCUGCGAGUUCACCGAGGUGCUGGUACGGUACGACUGCGGACAGCGGUACUCGAUCAUCCACCACUGCGAAGACUGCAAGGAGGCAUAUCGGAGGUGGGGCUGUACCAUCUUCCUGCCGUACUUCGCGACGAGAGACGACUUGGUGCACGAUACUAUGAGCAGUCAAAGCAGAGACGACAGCGGGGGAAGUGGAACCAGCGGCGGUAGCAGCAAAAGUGUUAACAAUAAAACCGGAAGCGACGGUGAUCGGGCGACCCAAGGUAAAUCGAACGCCAACUACCGUGGGGACACCUCGAACAAGCAGACUGAACCGAAUUUGAGCGAUGCGAAUAAGCAGCAACUAGUGAAAAAUAUAUCAAUCAACGUGAAAAGUUCACGCCGAAAAACGCAACGAGUACGAAUACGACCGUGUCUAGAUGUAUGUCAAACCGUAGAGCAAAAAUGUCCGUACAUGCUGCCGGGUGACCGAGCUCCAGCUUAUCCCACGCAAUACGCUGGCGAGCCGACCUUUCUGUGUCAAGAUCUGAACAUCGGUGAAACGGGUGAGCAAACGAUGAAAUCGAAUAGCGGCCAUGAGGAUUGCUGCUAUAGGCACUGUGAGGCGAAUCCUCUGUCCGGUGUUUGUGCGAAGUGUGAUCCCCUGCUGCAGGACGAGCCGGACGAUGGCAGCGGUAGCGGUGACGAUGGUGCCAACGGAAGGGCCCAACUGGACAAAGUAGCGACCGCGAAUAAAACUAGCUCCAACACGACCAGCCUCCACAGUUCUUCUUCUAGUAGCAACGAUAUCAGCAGGAGUAGGAGUAGUACAACCACACGCAAUAUUCUCGCCGAGGUGAUGUUCAGCAGCCAGCUGCCGCCCCGAUUACGCACGUGCCCGAGUAUAUCAAGCGCAACAAUGACAGCACUGCAGCAGUCGGGUCAGUGCCGAGCGGCACAGCAGUCUGUGUCCUCCCCGGAACAACAGGAGCCUAGGGCGGUCGAUGGCUCCACCAGCAGUCCCGGUUCCUCUGGGGUGGGCCUCUGGACGACACCGGCGUCUUCGGUAGCAUCAUCGAUAUCAUCAUCAUCCGCGUCAUCGCUAGCAUCGUCGUCGUCAUUUAUUAAAUUAAGUAGUGUAAAGGCGGUUUAUAACACUUACUUUAAUAACUCGUGGACGAUGCGACUGCGGUGUUUGGACGAGUUUGUCGCAUGGACGAAGAUCUUGCUCCAACUGGCCGGGUUAUAGUUAAGGUGAAACCUUGGGCACUACCAACUAAGUCAACACGCACAUACAAGAACUUUCUUUUACACACGAAAAAGUACACACACCCCACACAAAUCAGCACCAAUAAAACUACGUGAAACUCAGUAUGACGAAAAAGAAAACCCCGAACUGUAACAUCAAAACAAACAAACAAACAAAAAAAAAAACAAACAAGCAAGCGAAAAUUAAGUAAAUCAGAAACAAAAAAUAACAUUAAUUGACGAUUCGACUCAAAACCGGAUCGUUGUGAGGUUCUACAACAUUAGAAACGGGAAGAGAACAAAUGAUUAACAAAAAGAAGCACAAAAAUCCACCACGCCAAAAACCCCUCAACCCACGCCGCGGAGAUUAUGCAAAAAUUGCGACACUAAAAGAGAAAGAGAGCUAGGCGAGUCGUGAGUAGUGAGUGGAGCUGAGGAAAGGUGCAUUUUUAUAUCAGGUGGGCUGUUGUAAGUGCGUUUCCUGGUGUGGUGGGUGGUGCGCGGGGUGGAAGGCAGCACAUCAUCGUGUCAUCGGGUGGAAGUUGUAAUCUUUUCAAUUUUAUACCUUUCCGAGGCCCGCGUUUGUUUUUGAGGUGUAUGGGGCCCAGCUCGAGAAGGACACGAAGAGCGAAAAAGAAGGUGGGGAACAGAAGAAAAGCGGGCGAAAGAGGGGCGAGAGUGCACUGGGCUGGGCCAAUGAAUGGUGCACCUACAGGUGGAAGUUUGAAGUGCGCGGAAAGGGGAAAAGAAUAAUAAUAAUGAACAAUUUUAGGGGAAAUAAAAAAUUAUUAAUUGUUAAGCAAAGUGAGAAAACUAAUAGACGUAAACGAAAGCUAACAGUAGAAGAAGAUAAGAAAUGAAAAGGUUCAACAGAAAAAAAAGUUUUUACAAGAUGAAACAACAACAUGUGUAAGCAAACAAGUAUUUUUCGAGUUAGAUUUUUUCCGUUGUUAAGUUUAGAACUUAUUUCGAGCGUUUUAGUGGUCAAACGAAGCAAAAUCAAUAAGAAGCAAGGGAAUGGAGUGGAGAGAGGAGAAUGUGUUUUUUUUCGAAUCAUUCGGUAAAUCCUCCGCUACCAUCUGAUAUUUGCUGAAAGGUGAGUGUAGAAAAAAAGAAGAGGGGGACAAGGGUUGGAAGUGUCGAUUGGUAGCGUAAAUGUGGACUUGGGUUUUGGGUACAGCUAGGUCGUUUCUAUUAUAAUUAGUCGGUCAAUUUUUACAACAAUCGUUGUUUGUUGAACAUACAAACAAAACAAACAAAAAAAGCAUAAGUGGAUACAAAGUGUGGACUGCGACAUUAUUACUUCGAAAUUAUCGAUGGAACGGCAAAACAACAAGAAUCCUAAGGAGAUAGAACAAAACAAAGAAGCGAGAAUACAGUAUCCACCAAUAAACUGUACUUAUUUAAUCGUGAACGAUAAAUGCACUAGUUGGAAUUAGUAGUCAAAAAUUUAAUGGAAACAGUUUCUUAACUUUUAUACUCGUUGAGGAGCAAGCAAAAUAAAAGCGAUAAGAAUGUUUGUUCGUGUUGGGGGGCAUUCUCACAUUCUUGCACACGCAAAGAUACUGAAGUGAGCGUGGCAGCCGAGCGAACCCAAAUAGAAUCUAUCAUAAAUUGUAACCUUAGAUCAAACAAAUGAAAUUAAAACUAAUCGGUCAUCAUGUUUGUAUCGUGGAGCAUCGCAUGUCCAGGGCACGACCGCUAGUGGUUGGGUUCACCGGAAGGGCCUACGAUUGGUUCCUCUCCAGAAUAAAAUUAAUAAAGAAAAGAAAAUACGGUUGCCAUAGCGCAGGACCAGUGGUGGACUAUUUUUGUCCCGAGAAACAAAAAUACAUCAAAACAGCAACAACAACAAAAAAAACAACAACAACAGCAACACGGCCGUGAUCGAUGGCCAAACCAAGGAUAAAUAAAACCUAAAAAUAAUAAUAAAAACAAAAUUGUUAACGUUCGAAAGCCAUAUUUUUAGCAUUUAAAUAGUAAUUAAAACAAAUGAAAUUAUAACCAAUAUUUGUUACAUAAAUGUGAGAUUUAAAGAGGAAAACGGCCAAGAAGUUUAUUCAGCAGCUACUGGAGGCGGAUGGAAGAAUGUACGAAGUAAUUUUAGCGGUGUAGAAAUACAAUAAAGGAACAGUGAAAACAACAAAAAAUAAAGAUGAAACACGUUCAUUCAUCGGCAAGCGGUGAGACAGCAAACAGAGAAACAAAAUAAAAUCCUAGAGACGUCAUCAAGUUGUAAUGUUAUUCGUGUAGGUCAAAGGUAAAACCAUAAACAAAAUAAAGGCUAAAGUAACUGAAACAGAAUACGUCGAUCAGAGAAAACCCACCCGAAGUAUUUGUUCUUGGCAUUAUGUUUUUAUUGCAACGAAGUGAGGUGUUGUUGAUUUGUUCGUACCAAUUGACAGAUAUAUUUUCGAGGACUUAUUUUUAUAGUGAUAGCAAAAUGGUAAAACUAGUAGUAACAAGCCAUUGUUUUGACGCGGGAAUAGCCGACGAUGGCAUAAGUAAUGGUUGGGGCGAGCAGCAAAAAACAUAAAUAAAUAAGAGGAACAUACGUUGAUCUAAACAUUACUAGUGAAACAAUGCAAACAAGAAGGGGAUAAUAUCCAGUGAACAUAGAAAACUAGUGUGUAUAGAAUGAAAUUUGUACUAAUUUAUAGGGGUAAACAAUAGAAAAGCACUCUCUUUCUCAUACACACACAGCAGAAGACGAACAGCACAGGAGCUCGUUCACGGAAUCGCUAUGUUUGUACAGUAGGAAAGUAUUGAAAACAGGCCAAAACAUUGUUCGAAGUUGACCGGUUCUAAACAAAACCAAAAAAAAAUAUCACUUAGAAACUCAAAUUCACAAGAAGCACAUCAGUUUCUUAUCUCUGCCGGAAUUUGGGUUUGCCAUUCGUUCGGAGUAAGAAGGCGGAAGAAAAUCUCACUUUCACAACCAAAACAUUCACUUCCACACGAAACAACAAAACUAUUUAGAACUAACGAACAAAUUGGAAGCAAAAUGAUGGGAAUCGUUUUUUUCCUCAAGUGCGGUGAUUACAAGAUAAUUGAUUCCAAUUAUUGUACUAUAGAGUCGAGAAAAAAAUAAAAAAAAAACAAAUAAAUAAUGUUAGUAUAGAAAAAAAACGAAAAAGAAAUCAAAUCUAUUACAUAUAAAAGUAUAUCUCUAUCUAAGAAAACACUAUAACUUAUCACUAAAGAAGAAGGAAGAUUGAAAGACAUUUUGUGGUGGGCAUCAUUCGCGAAUCGAAUAGUAAAUUGAUGCGUGACCGAAAACGAGAGGUUUGGCAACCACUUUCUGUCGAUGAUUGCUGCCAAUAUGCAGCAAUGAAUACACGAAAAUCUGCACAAUUUUCCACUCCUCGUACUUGGAACAUCUUGCAACUCAUCCAAUAUAGAAGAAGGCAGACCUGAUUUCGUCGUUACUAUUAGUUUUUUCCCUUCUUCAAUCAAGACACAGAUCGAGAUUAACGAGAUAGGUGCGAGCGAAAGUUUGUACACAUCUAGCAGCUAGCGACAGUCAGAAUAAAACGAAUACACACUAACACGAAAACCAAACAAUUAAUAACUAGUGAAGGAACGAGAGAAAAAUCCACGAGACAAGCUUUACAGGGGAUCUAUAAAACAAACAGUAUUAUAAACAAUAACGUACAGAGACAAAAAAAACGUUCAUAGAUGUUGAAAUUCGACAGUGAAACAAAACCCAUAAUCUUACUCGAAUAGUAGGAGAAACAGGAAAAAAAUAACAACAACAAAUGAAUACACGAGUUUUGGCUCGACCGAAAAACGCGCUGCCGUGUGUCGAAGCGGGUCGGACGUUUGGCAAUUCUCUUGCUGGUUCUUCGUAACUUUGUCAGUGUACCUCAAUUGAUAUCUGGGAAGUGUCUCGAUGGUCUAAUUCUUCGUGAGAUUGUGUUUGAGGAUACGAUUAUCCAGGGCUUGACUCAAAUGAACUUUCGCUUAUGGGGCACUGUAUGAUGAAUUUUUAUCUGAAAAAAUCAUUCAACACUUCUCUGGCACUGCGAUUCCUUUCUUGGAGAACAAAUUAUCUAUAGCCUCCAGAGCCCGAAAUCUUCGAGAGUGAAUAAUGAAGACCGACUCUACUCUCCGUAGCUUCUCUUCGACUAGAACCAGUGUUGAAAAAAAUCAUCUUCGCUAAGCUCGAAUGCAUAGAUUUUCGGGUUAGGUUGCGUCGAAAACCUAUAUAUUCCAAACGAAAAUCAAAAUGACAGAUCCAGACAACCAGUGAAUAUGAGCAAAUGAACUUUUGUUCUUCAAUAUGUUUUGAAGUUCAUUUUUCCACCCAGUGUCAUUUUCAUAUUGAUUAUUCAAGAUGCCAUAAUUGAAUUUCAUAUUAGCCAGAUGUAUAUCAGCUGUUGUUUACUUUCAACCUGAGGCAGUUGCGUGCGGUUGGUUUUUAUUCAUGCCGUUGUUACCGUCUGCCAACCAAAUCCUGUGCGAUUUCUUGCAAAGUUCGUUUCAUCGAACUCUGGUGCUUUUGUUCUCUAAAUGGUCCAGUCUGGCUUUUUUGUUUAUUUUUGAAUUUUGACUCAAAAUCAAUGCCAGAACGAAUAUCGUUUCGAAUGUGAUGAAUAUCAAUUGGUUGCUGUUGAUAUUCAAAGUAUAAAUAACAGCGAAGUUAUGAACCUCACUCAAUGCCGUCUUCAUUCAUUAUAACAAAUUUGUUCAUUCAUCAGCGAUAUGAACAAAAUGAACUCGUUUGUUAUUGUCAUCAAUAUAAUGAGGGCAGUGUGUUUCGAGCUGAAAAAAAAGUCAUUUACACUGAAAUAAAAUCAUAUUCGUUACUCGUGAAUAUUUGUUGAUAUUCUAAGACACUGACUAGAACUGCUCUACUAAUGAAUACAAAUCUGCCUCUUCAUUCAACUGACUUCAAUCCACACAUCCAUUUCCCCCUGACACUAAUUUUAUACCCGCGUACGCAAUAUUAUUUUCACGUUUAUAUAAAGUGGAACGAAAACAUGAUUAUUGAUGCAAAAAAGAAGUUACCCCAUCAAUGGACGGUUUAUUGUCCACCCAUCGUGAGCUCAUUAGCGUAUUAGCGUGCAAAACAGCGUACACACACUGACGCUAUUUUAUACGUGUGAGUAAUUUUCGUGAAUGAUACAAAAUAAUCUAGCUCACCUGUAGCGUAUGUCAAACCACGUUGAACUCAAACAUCGAUGCAUGCACACGUACAUGGGAGAGAGAAAGAGAGGAACGAAUUCGUUUUGGGGGUAGUCACUUCAAAAUGCAAUGAGGACAAUUUGACUGGGAAGAAUGAAAUGACAGACUGUUUAGUCGUUUUGGUGGAGAAACUGCGUGAAGAAGCCAAAAGUCAUUACUAACUGAAUGAGGGUAUAGUCAGUCAGAUAGUCAGUUGACUAUCCUCAGUUGACUAUGACUAUGCAGAGCCCUGAUAGCCUCACUCUGCGCCACAAUAACAAAUAACAAAUAGUUUUGGUUUUGAAGAAAUCUGUAACUUUUCUUCGGAUGCCUUGCAUAAAUUUUUGGAGCUCAUUUGGUUCAACUGGCCGGCCAUUUUAUUCCACAAUCUAUUCAUUUUUGGAGCAUCUCUUAUUAGUUUGCCACCCUUUUUUCAGCAGCCGGUACCGCUGAAAUGGCAGCUAACUUAAUCUUGCCAAAACUUCAUAGGAUGCUUGUGUACAUCUGUGUCUUAUAACACUCGUUUUUACUAGAACUUUUCCUUAUAAAUCAGUCUCGUUCGUAGAGAAAACAUCGGUUUUCGUCCGCAGCUGCAUACGGGUUGGUAAGCAUGACAAGAUCAGCGGGUUUUCAGUAAUUUUAUCAAAAAUAACGAAUUUUAACUUGCUUGAGACAUCUUCUCGAGCCGUUGUCCGAUGGAUCUUUUGGCCUUAUAGAAGAUCAAAAAUCAGAAAUCUAUCUUCGCUUACGUUUCGUCAUUCAUUAGUGAGGAAACAUUCUCGGUUCUUCGUUAGAACCAUUCUGGACAACUUCUAAGCGCAUAUUUAGGACGCUAGUUUUGAUUUGAUGAACGAUAUGCUACACUCGAAUGAAUUAACCAGACAUUGUAUCGUAAAUUGAGUGGAAUAGUAUGUUUUGCAUUUGUCGCCCUAAUUUUUUGCAAUAUCUUCCAAUUCAGCUACUGAUCGUAAGUUCGUAUACGACAUGAUAUAUAAUUCGUGACUAAUCGUGCGUAACGAUCUUUUCCUUGGGUGACUUGAGAAAGUAACCAAGAGGAUUCAUCUAUAAUAAAAACAACCGGUUAUAUAUUCCACAACAUAUCAUGCGUAUUAUAAUCUCUCAUAUCACGCGGUGACGGAUGUUGUCCCUGGGUAGCCUGAAAAAUCAACCGGAAACAUCGUUCUAUGAGAAAUUUGGCGAUCUAUUUCAUAACAUAGAGCACAUACUACAUGGGUUGAAAAUCUGGGAUUUUUAAUGAAAACAAUCGGUUUUUGGGCAAAGCUGUAAUUAUUCCUCAACAUAGUUUCCUUCGAUGGUAAUACACUUUGUAUAGCGUGUUUCCAACAUUUCGAUUCCCUUUCUGUAAUACGAAACUUCUAAUUCUUAGAAAUAUACCUCAGUGCCACUCUGCAGAUUGCAUAUUGGACUCAGGAUAGUGGUAAUGAAACCACGUUUCAUCCAUUGUCACAAAACGUCGAGAGAAGUCCACACAAUAACGCUUUAACAACGCCAAACCGGCUGUUGAGUCUUCAACGCGCCGCUGUUUUUGGUCGACGGUCAGCAAACGCGGCACCCAUCGCGCGGCUAGCUUUUUCAUGCCCAAAAUUUCGUGCAAAAUGUAUCCCACUCGUUCUUUUGAAAUGCCUACGGUCUCAGCUAACUUGCGUAACUUCUCUUUACGAUCGUUCUAAACGAGUCGAUGCACUUGUUUUACGAUUUCUGGAUUCGUAGCCUCUUUUUGGAGCUUGUGCGGUCCAUUUUUAAUUCACUAAUCCACCGAUAAACUGUUGCUCUCGAAGGACCAGAAGUGGAAUAACAUUUCGUCAAGCCCUGCAUUGAUUGUUCAGGAAUUUCUCGCAUCAAAAAACAAUGUUUGAUCAAAAUACGAUAUUCCUCUUUUUCCAUUUUCCAUACGAAUGCUCAUUUAAACAACUGUAGUUUGCGAACAAAAAAAACCAAAUGUCAUGAAACUUCACACAUAAGCUAGUGGCAGAUGAACCUCUCGAAAUGAAUCUUAUUCAUUUUUUCCGAGGCUUUUCAAUCCAUGUAGUAGUGUUCAGUCAUGUUAUCACGCGGCGACGGAAUUAUGAAUUCUACCAGCGAUAGUUUUCAUAACUUAACGCGUGAUUUAGCGAUUAUUCCCAACGAUUACACUCUUAUCUCAUCACACGGCGACGGAGAAAGCAAAUAAAUAAGAGGAACAUACGUUGAUCUAAACAUUACUAGUGAAACAAUGCAAACAAGAAGGGGAUAAUAUCCAGUGAACAUAGAAAACUAGUGUGUAUAGAAUGAAAUUUGUACUAAUUUAUAGGGGUAAACAAUAGAAAAGCACUCUCUUUCUCAUACACACACAGCAGAAGACGAACAGCACAGGAGCUCACCGGCCAAUCACCCUUCAAUGAUAAACUCGACCGGCGAAAUAUUCCGUGACUUACCGCUCUAUCAUUUCAUUAUACGGCUAUGAUGGUUACUCUUGAGAAUCCGAGAGCAACCCUAUAUUAUAGGUCCGACCGGCGAUAUAUUUCAUAACAUCCGGUAUAUGAAUAACCAAUCCACCAAAAAGCUGAGAUUGGCAAUAUAAGAUUGGCACUCGUACGGAACGUCUGUAAAACAACUCUAAUUUUCAAUAGCGUAUUGUUAAAUUAAUACAGUAGAGCCUCGAUUAUCCGCGAGGUAGUCUCUCAAGCUCACCGCGAAUAACGAAAAUCGCGGAUAACGCAAUAAAGGAGGUCCGAACGAUAUUUCAGCAUGAAAAGUAUGUUCCAUCAAUACAGAAAUCAUUAAACUAUGCAUCUACAAGGUCGAGUACAACAGUGGUCAGAUAAUGGUAAAGCCAUGACCAAAACAAAAGAGCAUGGGCCUAUCACUCACUGAAAUAUUCCGGGAAGGCCUAUAGAUUCACUAUGGAACUCGUUGUUGAGAGUUGAGCGCUGGAGUAAACUUUACUUUCUUCAUUAAAACCAAAAACCUUUCCCGGAACACUCGUUUAGGGUCUGCAAACUACUUACCCUACUAUUUCAUCACGCAGAAGGGGUUCUGGGGAAUACAAUGGGUGGAGAUGUACUUCGAAAUUCAAUUGAUGCGAUUUUACCAUUGUUGCGACUGACUUAACCCUUUGCAGUCGUUUGUCUGCUCUCAGCCAUCACAGCAAGGAAUAAUCCUGAAUACUUUGUUCAAUCAUAUAACAGUUUACACACUUACUAAACGAAUUAAGAUGUCAAGUGAAUCUGUUUACAAAUUAAUACGGAGCUUCUAUGAACAAUAGAUAACGGUGCUCGGUAUUAACAAAAAAAUAUUAACGUGGACAGAUAACAGGACCUCUUUCAAGGGGAAUUUAAUUCCGAUCGCAAAGGGUUUAGAUACUCACAUUAUUUAUCGUUAAAUUAGACGAUUUCAAAUCACAUUUUAAAGGUUUUUUUUUAAUUAAAGACCUUCAGACGCAAUGAUAUGGCUCUUGCGACUGACACGGAUCUUGGUUCAAUUUCGCUUCCGAAUCAUUGUCUUCAACCGCUGCUGGCCUUCCUUCGCACUCGUUGUCGCAUCUUCGCAUCUCAUCUCUUGAACCGUCUAAACCACUGGUUGAAAUUGAUGAAGCACGUUUCUCAUAGGCAUCACAAAACAUUCGAUAGGUUUCUGUUGUACUUUUCUUCAAAGAAAACAACCAUAAAAACAAAGCUUCUCGAGAGUGUGGGAAGACAAAGGAAUGGAAACGUUGUUUACACUUCCAAAUAAUGAUAUGCAAUGAAACCAAAAGAAAAACCAAACUGGCGUUUGAACAAGAAAAAAGGUAAAACAUUGCCUGACACGUUUUAGUGCCACUGGUGCCAUCUAUUAGUGAUCAUUUUGAUCGUACUCAUACAUCCAACAUCAGAAUGUCGAUGAUAUAAACUCAAAGGGUACAGUGGAACCUCGGUUAUCCGCGCGCGAAUGAUCCGCGAAAGCGAGUUCCAUAGUAAUGCUAUGGACUUUCCCGGAAAUUAUCGGUGAGGUGUAGGAUUUUGCAUUUUGGUUUUGGUCAUAACUUUCACAUUAUUUGACUUCUGGUGUACACAACCUUAUAGAUGGAUAGUUUAAUGAUUCCUUUACUGAUAAAACAUAGUUAUCAUGCUGAAAUAUUGUGUUUGCAUCUCUUUUUUAGUCAUUUAUUGCAUUAUGCGCGAUUUUCGUGAUCCGCGGUGACCUAGCCAGACUAUUCCGCGGAUAAUCGGGAUUCUACUGUUUUUCUGUCGAAAAACAAUUGAAAGCUAACAUGCCCAAAGUAAUCUUUACUUCAUCUUCACACGAUAUUCAGAUUUUUCAUUAUUUCCAAAAUUAUCAAUGUAAGCGUUAUAAUCGAGAAACAUGUCAUUAGUCAUUUUUCUAAAUACCCGUUUAAUCAGACAAUAGCCAAAACUUCUGCUUCUUACAAUUUUUCAAGUGGUGUAUGUAGUAUGCGCAAGAAAGCUGUGGUUGAUUGCGUGGUUAUGAUUCCGAUUUUUCGAAAACAAGAAAAUACUUGUUCAGAAAAAGAAAUGAUUUCUACAGCUGAUUAUUCAUCUUCAGUUAAAACCGGGGUCCCUCUUCCAGGGAAUUCACGUUUUUUCUUGCCUGACGAAGUCACGCUUAACUGUUCAAUAGGACCUAUCUGUUUUGAUCGACUCUCUUUAUCGAUUUUCUCUUUAGAUAAUAACGGCCUUGUAAACGGACUUUGCUGUAUUUUUUUCAGAUAGUUCAACGAACAAAGUUCUCUUCUAGAAUCCAGAUCGUCGGAAACAUUCUGAAAAUGCUUUCACCGCUGAGUUUAUAAACAGCAGAGAAUGUCGAUGAAGAAAAUCGAUCGAAACAGAUAGGUUCUAUUGAAAAACAAAGCGUGAAGUCUUGUGAGCAAUUGAAAACAUUGUUGCUGCGCAUUCUGCAUCAAGAGAGCUAGAGAGCACAUCAUAGUGCCACUGUGACACUGCUUCCAAAGAUAUAGUCAGAAAAUCGACCAGGAAGUAGUCAUAUAUUGUAACAAAAGCAAUUUGCAACAAUUUUUUCAUACUUCGUAACUGUCGGUCCCGGUGAUUAACUGUCUCCCAAAGAAAGACCGUUGUCAGUCAAUAAGGACCGACGCGGGGUUCAACUUGUUAAUGGCGGGCAGGGUUUCAUCUUCCAGUCCAAUUCAUUUAAAUGCAAUUCUCGCGUAAUUUUUGAAAAGGACCUAUCUAUAUUGAUCGAUUCUCUUCAUCUACAUUCUCUUUCAUCAAUAACUCAGCGGUAACAGGAUAUCCUGAUGUGUUCGACGAUAAGGAGUGUGAAAGGGGACCUCGUUUGUCAAACUACAUGGCAAAACUGGAGCAAAAUCUGUCUGAAAGGCCGUGGUUAUCGACAGAGAAAGUCGGUGAAGAGAAUCGAUCAAAGAAGAUAGACCCUUUUGACAUGUUGAUCAAGAUUUCGUUAUGUGUUCGAAGAUCAAUAGUGUAGAAGGAAUCCUCAUUUAUCCAACUAUGUGAUAAAACAGGCACCAAAUUUGUCUGCAAGGCCGAGCGUAUCGAAAGAGAAAGUCAAUGAAGAGAAUCGGUCAAUGUAGAUUGGUCGUUUUCAAAAGUUACGCGAGAAUUUCACGAUAUUUUCAAUAUGCGGUCUCCCCGCAUAUCCGCUGAAUCCAUCAGAACCAUCGUGGUUGAAUUUUUUUGUCACUGAAGUAAACCUAAAAAAUUCAAAGGUACCCGAAAUAUUUCUUGACUUGUAGAAAGACGACUAUAAUCACAAUAAACACAGAGGAAAUCGAAUUUUAUGUUAGGCUACUGUCAGUCUACAUUCUGUCCAACUUCUAUAAGACCACCCUAAUUAUAUUUCGUUGCAACACAAACAGUUAGAAUUCCAACAAGAUAUAUUCAGACCUUGUAGAAUGCUUGGAAUAAAGUAUAUUUAACGUUAAUUUCGUUCAAAAGAACUGUUGAUUUAUUGUGCUUAAAUAUGAUAAUUUCAGCUGUCAAGUUUCUAUAAGACCAUUUCAAAAUUCAUAUGUAUUAUCAAUGAAAAAUACAAAACGAUCGGCUGAUUUACAUGUCAAUAAUGGGCAACCUUGUCACUUUGGGCUAAUAACCUGGAAAAUUCUUGUUGGAAUACUAUUUACUAAAUUUUGCUGAACAGAUUUCUUGAUAUUUUUCCAUUUUUCCGAAAUUGCGACCUUGAGCUCUUCAAUCGUGGUACAGUCAGUGCAGUGCCUUGCUAGUCAGUGCGUACAUGGAUCCCCACAAGGUUUUUCAACAGGAUUCAAGUCUGGAAAGCAAGUCGGCCAGUCCAAAAAAAUAAGUUUUUGGUCCUUAAUCCAUUGCUUAGUUCUUUUGCUGGUAUAUAUAGUAGCAUUGUUUUUGCUGGAAUGAGAAUUUUUUGUGACGAUAUCCACGCAAAAACCUCCUACCUAUUUCAGAACAUGUAUGUAAUCCUUGAAUGAUGUGAAAACUAUCUUGAGCUUUCUGGUUGCACAGAAUCCCGCCCAAACCAUGCACGAGCCUCCACCAAAAUUCUUGGUUGAAAAAUACUGUUCCUCCUUCCGUAAAUCACGCCAGUAACCGUUGAAACCAUCAGGACCAUCCAAAUUGAACUUUUUAUUCGUCACUGAAGGUAACCUAGCAAAGUUAGAAGUAAAAAAAAUAUUGAAGAACUUUUCGUUAUGGUAUAUAGCAAAAUGUAUUCUUUUGAAAACUUUCUUUGUCGUGACAUACCAUGUCCCACUGUUGAUUCAUGUGAGCUUUGGCAAAACUCAGACGUCUUUCGAUGUGAGAUGAUCUGAGAUUAGGAGAUUUAACCUAUUUAGCCCUCCCUAUGUAAGGACUUGUUACCAAAAUUUGACGAAUUGUCUCCCGUGAAACAAUCAGAUUCAAAGAUUGCUUCAAUUGCAUAAGGGAUUUUAAAGCUCUCUUCUUUUUACCGUAUCGUUGAGGAUUCGUCAAAUAAUUGAAAACUACUUGAUGGGUUCGUCCAAUCCGAUGAGCAAUUUCUCUAAUUCCAACAUUUUCUUGGUGAAAUGCAACGAUUUGCCUUUUUUCUCUAUCCGUGAGCACUUUUACUUUCGGAAUUUUCCAGAUUUAUUAAUCAAACUAACUAAAACCAACGGAAAACGUUACUGGUCUUAUAGAAACUUGACACUUGAAAAAUACAAAAAGAUUUGUUUAUGCUCAACGUUUGCACACACACAUGUGAAAAUCAUGCAGUGUAUGAUAGUUACCAAUACAAAUAUACUAGAAUAUAAAUUGAAGCGUUGUUUGUUCACAAAGACACAAAGCAGCAAGAUCAUCACCUGGUCUUAUAGAAGUUGGACAGAGUGUAUAUCUCAUUGCCUAUUUCUGAGAGUUUGAGCGAAACUUAGUGUUUUUUUAUCCAUGUGAGAAGGUGUAAUAUGAGAGGUUUUGAUUAGUUUUUUCGGUUCUUUUUUGUUUUCUUUGCAUCUUUCGGGAUUUUUGAAGUAAUUGCGUACCACCUGAUGGAAUCGAUUUCGAAGAGCAAUUUCCGUAAUUACAACCAUUUCAAGUUGAAAUGCUUGGAUAUUUUGUUCUCCAUAAGCCGUAAGCUUCGACAAUUCUUAUGCGGAAAAUCGUAAAACGAUAAAACAGAUAAGCGAUCUUAUCCAAAAUGGACACUGGGAGAAGUUAAAAUAUUUGUUUACACUGCGUGUUUGUCAAUAUUUAGCAAUCAUGGGCAUGAUUAAAGGAACAUAUUUUUUAAAAUAUUUAAAAUAACUCAUCUUGACGUUUCCCCGACUUUUGAACAGCGAUAUCAGAUUCAUGAGCUCAAGAAUGUUUUACGGAGUACAUUGAGUACUUCGACUCAAAUCAUAGAAUUUCAAAAAUAUGAUACAUUCGUUUUGGCAUUUCAUUCAACAUGGAAUAUUACGCCCAACAUUCCCAAAAAACAUGGAUAUUUAUGGAUUCACUUCUUCUAAGAAGUAAUGUUUACUCACUAACUAAAUAUUGUUUCAACAAAGAAAGUAUAAAAACUCAAUUCAAUCCAAAUAUAAAUGAUGAUUGAAUAAAGAUUGCUGUUCAUUUUAGAGAAAGUAUUGCGUUGCAAAAUCAAUAUUUUUGCAACUAGUUACGUACUUUCGCCUUGAGGCUUCAAAAUCUCAACCAAUGUGUAACUAAUCAAGUCUAGUGGCGAGUUGACGAACAUAUAUUUUUUUAUUGAUAUUAAAAGUUUUUUUUUUUUUGAGUUAAAUGUAGUUCUAUUAGGUCCUUUUUCAACGAGACGUUAAGUCUACGAGACAGGUAAAUUUUAUGGAAAAUUCCGCAAUACUGAGCGGAACAUCAGCAAACGUACUCUCUGUAUGUGGUAAAAUCUUUUAAAUAUAUGGUAUUCAAAAUAUCAAAUACAAACACAUAAGAUGGCUGACGACUUUUUGAUUUGUGGUUUCACAUUCUUGUUUUUUUUUCCAAUUGCACAAUUCGAUCACUUUGACUCAAUCGCCGAGGCCGGGCAAACACUUCUUCUAUGACCCAAUAACACAUCGACCAGAAGACGUAUCCAUAAAAUCUCAACGGAAUCGACAGGGAUUGUUAAACUCAAGCCAGCUGGGUUGUGAGGCUGUGACGUUAACGACACAACCACUGGCGCAGUCAUUGAUUAAUGGCAAUCGUUGUACAGUCUCCGAUGAUUCGGCUGGUAAACCAGAUACUUGAAUGGGUAUUGUCUUAUUUGAAUCUACAGAUCCAAUUGAUCCUAAUUGAGAGCUCGUUGCCCGUAUGCAAGCGACCUUGAAGAGAAACACUGAUCUUCUCAAGUGUUUUAUUUUGGAGCUUUCCUAAGAAAAACGAUAUCUUCUUCAUUUAUGAUUUUCAAAGUACGUGGAAGGCAUAUGAUGUUCAGCCCUUAAUCACUCUUCUUAAAGAUCACCUGUGAAAACAAGCCAUAAACUUCUGAUCAUUUGAUAUCUCUGAAAUCCGAGGCAACCUGUAUUUCCCUUCUGUGUAAAUUACCGACAACAUUCUUCCAACGCCCCAUAUUGAUUAUCUCUUUGAAUCUAUGUCCCAAAAACAAUAAAAAAAAUUGUCGUAAUGAUCUCCCUACAACUUCGGAACGAUUUCUUGACGUCAGGUCGUCAAGUGGUUGUGGAUAACCACAAAUGCGAAAUUUCUCGAUCCUAAGUUAGUGACACUAAGGGAAAAUUAAACCUUCACAACCAACGUGGCAAAUCUUCACGGUGGUCGAGAGACAGAAAAGAAAGUUCUGAUACGCCAAAUUCUACCCAGCCAGCCAAGACACAAGAAACAAUAUAAAACACAAAUAGUGAACAGAGCCAAACGGAGAAAAGGAAACCCAACAAACAGAGAAGUAUAUUAGAUAAUUGAAGAAAAACAAAAACAAACUUAAAUGUGUUUUAUAGAAGAAAGAGAAGAAUAGAUAAAAAAUUUACAUAAUAAAAAUAUAACAAAAAAGGCAGAAAAAAAUACAAAAAAAAAGAAAACCGUACCGUAGAUGAAAAAAAGUUACAAAAAGUGAAAAAGGAAUAAAAAUUGUUAAGUACAGUUAUCUAAUUCUACAGCAAAGCAUUAAAAGAAAAACUGAAACGAUGGACAGAAGGGUAGACACGAACCGAGUUCACCGAAUUAAACCCCCCCCCCCCCCCAACGUAUGGAUGUAUUUAGUUGACUUUUGGUUUUGGGGUUUCAAAAUGGGUUCCGAUACGCGUCAACCCUGCAACGGGUCGAAAACACAUACCUACAGCCACCAGACCAGAGGUUAGUAAACAAAAUGAAUGAAAAUUUAAUAGCAAUCGCCCCCGCCACAGAUUUGAAUAAGUGACAAAAAAUAAUAGUUGUAACGGAUAACAAAGUAAAUACUAACAGAAGAAAAAAAACAAUAGUUCAAGUAAAAAACCCCACCAGGAGACGUUUCUGCUGUUGCGAGUGUUAGAACACAGAUGAAACUAUACCGAGCGGGAGUGAAAUAAAUCUCGAAGCCUAACGAAAGGCACGCACAUGUAACCAAAAGUGAAUAAACAUCACUCACAGACACAGACAUUAACAUUAAACACUGUAACACAUUUACACGUAAGUCGAAUCAUUAACAACAACAACAAAAAAAAACUUAAAUUGGAAACUACACACAUAAUAACAAUGUAGAGUGUUAAGGCGAAAACGAAUUACCAUUAAAAAGUAAAGAAACAACCAGAAACAAAAAAAAACGAGUUCAAGAGCAAAAAUAAGAAAAGAAGUCACAGUAAGUCCUGAACUUUUUAGUUUGUAGAACUGUUUGUUACCUAUGUUUCAGUGAAUAAGAGGAAGAAAAUAAAUAUAUAUAUAUAUACGAUGUAUUAGUAGGAAUUUACUCUGAUUGAAAAUUGUUGCAAAUCGGAUCCACGGAGAGUAGAUUAAUAUUAAACAAAUAGGAAACAAAAUAAAUGAGAGAAACUCACCCACAUACUUUAAAAAAGAAGACAAAAAAAAAGAAUUCUAUAUAUAUAAGUAUUAAUCUGGAAACUAGGAAAUUUAACAAGUAACAAAACAAAGUAGGUGGCAAAGAAGAAAAAAAAUGGGAAACACGAGGACAUCUUGUGGGUUCAACCAAGGUGCAAGAAGAGUGCUUAUUCACCCAACAGUGUGGAUAAGUGAAAACUAAGGAAAAAAAAUGUUUGUUUUACGUCGAAUUGAAGCUAAUUUGUAUAUAAUUUCACCGCUUCUGUAUACUUUUAAAACAAUGCUGUUCAUAUUUCGGAAGGCAACCAACAACAAUGCCAACCAAAAGUAAGGAAGUGAAAGUGAAGUGGAAAAACUAUGAAUAAAGAGAAUAACA